CCAUAAAUAGCAAGCUCACGCCGCAGGCGAGCUUCCAUCGCGAGGCACAAGCACGCACACGACAAUUUCGCCGGCGAGAGUUCGUUUCGGUUGGUUGGUGGAGAGCAAGCAUGGCGGCGGCGGCGACCAUCAGGCACCGGGAGGUGGAGGCGAACGGCAUCUCCAUCCACGUAGCGGAGGCCGGCGGCGAGGGCGCGCCGGCGGUGCUGUUCGUGCACGGCUUCCCGGAGCUCUGGUACUCGUGGCGCCACCAGAUGGAGCACCUCGCCGCCCGCGGCUUCCGCUGCCUCGCCCCCGACCUCCGCGGCUACGGCGGCACCACCGCGCCGCCCGAGAUCGAGUCCUACACCGCCUUCCACGUCGUCGGCGACCUCGUCGCGCUCCUCGACGCCCUUGGCCUCUCCAAGCAGGUGUUCGUGGUGGGGCACGACUGGGGCGCGCUAAUCGCGUGGUACAUGUGCCUGUUCCGGCCGGAUCGCGUGGCGGCGCUCGUCAACACCAGCGUCGCCUUCAUGCGCCACAUCUUCAUCCGCUCCGGCGCCGGCGCCGUCAAGGCCACCGACUACUUCCUCAAGGCGUACGGCCCCACCUACUACAUCUGCCGCUUCCAGGAGCCGGGCGUUGCGGAGAAGGAGCUCGCGCCGGCGCACGCGAGGCAGGUCAUGAGGAAGGUCCUCUGCAACCGCUUCACCGUCCACGGCGCCGGCGAGCCGGAGAGCGAGGAGACGCCGCUCCCGCCGUGGCUGACGGAGGCCGACGUCGACUACUUCGCCGCCGCCUUCGAGAGGACCGGCUUCACCGGCGGCAUCAACUACUACCGCAACAUGGACAGGAACUGGGAGCUGGCGGCGCCGUGGGCGGACGCCAAGGUGCAGGUGCCGACCAGGUUCGUCGUCGGCGACGGCGACCUGACGUACCACUACGCCGGCAUCCAGGACUACCUCCACAAGGGCGGCUUCAAGGCCGACGUGCCGCUGCUCGAGGACGUCGUCGUCAUCCCCGGCGCCGGCCACUUCAUCCAGCAGGAGAGGGCGGAGGAAGUCAGCGAUCUCAUCUACAACUUCCUCGUCAAGUUCACGCCUCAACGCAACUGAGGCUAAACCGAGCUGAAUAUAUGAUCGCAUAUGAAGAUUUGUUCAUAUAUGUCAAAACAAAUAAAUUUUCUUUCGUUUUUCGAGAGAUUUGUCAAACAUGCAUGUGUACGUACGUGUACGUGGCACGACGCUGCUGUUGUUUGGACCGUAUUAUUCCCACGGAAUUUCAAUGUUUAACGAUAGAAAUCCA